AUGACCAACACUAAUCAGCCGUCCUCGCGAAGCCGGGGGCGACCGGCGAUACCGCAUGAUCAUCCCGCGAUUCAGAUAGACCAUGGCGAUGGCGAUGGCGACUCCGAUUCCGCGUACGAGGGCUCAGUCACAUCGACAAGCAUGUCGCUACGCUCCUCGAUUUUGGACUACGAGUACGAGAAUGGCCGUCGGUACCAUGCCUACAAGGCCGGCGAAUACGUCCUCCCCAACGAUGAAGCCGAGCAGAACCGCUUGGAUCUGCAGCACCAUGUUUACAGACUCUGUCUCUCCGGCAGGAUAUACCGCGCGCCCAUCAGGAAUCCGCAACGGGUACUGGAUAUUGGCACCGGCACUGGCAUCUGGGCCGUCGAGUUUGCUGAUGAGUGUCCCGAGGCGGUUGUCAUUGGGACCGAUCUGUCGCCCAUCCAGCCACACUUUGUCCCACCCAAUCUGAAAUUUUACAUUGACGACUUUGAGCAACCCUGGGAAUUUGGUGAAGACGAGAAAUUCGACAUGAUCCAUUGGCGUUCGUUGUGUGGCAGUACUGGGGAUUGGCCCAAGCUAUACAAACAGGCAUACGAAAAUUUGAAACCAGGCGGGUAUUUGGAAGUGCAAGAGUACGACGCCUGGAUAUUUAGUGACGACGACAAGCCGCUCGCCAAGGCUCCAUGGACCCUGGAUUGGGUGACCACAUUGUCAGAGCUCAGUGAUCAGUUCCAGAAGCCGCUGAACGUGGGUCGGUUGCAGAAGCAGUGGAUGGUGGAAGCCGGAUUUGAAGGGGUGGAUGAACUGAUCAUGAAGGUGCCAAUCGGGACUUGGGCGAAAGAUGCGAAGCUCAAAGAGAUCGGCACCUUUGAGCGCGUCCACAUGACCGAAUCUGUUGAGGCGCAUUCUAUGGCUCUCUUCACGCGAGUCCUGGGUUACACCCUCGACCAGGCAAAUGUGCUGUUUUCCAUGGUACGCAAGGACUUGAAUGAUAGAAGUCUGCACUUGUAUACCGUCUAUAGGUUCCUCUAUGGCAGACGACCAGAGUCUGACCAAUUAUGA